CUGUUUAAUAUAAUUUAAAUGUCACUUUUCCAGCAUUUCUGGGGCCCCGUAGCAAACUGGGGUCUUCCCAUCGCUGCCAUCGCAGACAUGAAAAAGAGCCCUGAAAUCAUCAGCGGCAGGAUGACCUUUGCUCUGUGCUGCUACUCUCUGCUCUUCAUGAGAUUCGCCUACAAGGUUCAGCCUCGUAACUGGCUCCUCUUCGCCUGCCAUCUGACCAACGAGUCGGCACAACUGGUCCAGGGAAGUCGCCUCAUCAAAUACAAGUGAGAUAUACCUGA